AAGGGCGCUGCUGACGUAGCAGGACAUCCGGGUCUCCUUCCAGUGUCGCAAACCCGCGCGGGGUUUGUGGUGGUGGUACAUUUUCAGGAGUCCCUGGUGCCCGCGUCGGAUUGACCGUGGGCGCGGCCCCCUUCUCAGCUACUGGACCCCGACUGAGCCCGGCCGCCCCGCGUUGGUGAGCGCGCGAGAAAGAGCAGAAAAUGCCUAAAAAAAAGACUGGUGCCAGGAAGAAGGCCGAGAACCGUAGGGAACGUGAAAAGCAACUGAGAGCAUCAAGAAGCACUGUUGAUUUAGCUAAACACCCAUGUAAUGCUUCAAUGGAAUGUGACAAGUGCCAGAGGCGGCAGAAGAAUAGAGCAUUUUGUUAUUUUUGUAAUGCUGUACAGAAGUUACCAAUCUGUGCACAAUGUGGAAAGACGAAGUGUAUGAUGAAGUCUUCAGACUGUGUUAUAAAGCAUGCUGGUGUAUACAGUACUGGCCUUGCAAUGGUGGGUGCAAUAUGUGACUUCUGUGAAGCGUGGGUUUGCCAUGGCCGAAAGUGUCUCAGCACGCACGCCUGCACCUGCCCUCUUACUGAUGCUGAGUGUGUUGAGUGUGAACGAGGUGUAUGGGACCAUGGAGGCAGAAUAUUCAGUUGUUCUUUUUGCCAUAACUUUCUCUGUGAAGAUGAUCAGUUUGAGCAUCAAGCCAGUUGUCAAGUUUUGGAGGCAGAAACAUUUAAGUGUGUUUCUUGCAAUCGGCUUGGUCAGCAUUCAUGUCUCCGUUGUAAGGCUUGUUUUUGUGAUGAACAUACAAGAAGCAAGGUGUUUAAACAGGAAAAAGGAAAACAACCUCCUUGUCCUAAAUGUGGACAUGAAACUCAGGAGACAAAGGAUCUUAGCAUGUCAACGCGUUCCCUGAAAUUUGGCAGGCAGGCUGGAACUGAAGAGGGAGAUGGUGCUUCUGGGUAUGAUGCUUAUUGGAAGAAUCUUUCCUCUGACAAGUAUGGAGAUGCUGGCGGCCGUGAGGAAGAGGAGGAGGAGUAUGAAGCAGAGGAUGAUGAAGAGGAAGAAGAUGAAGGGGGAAAGGAUUCAGAUGCUGAGUCGUCAGAUUUAUUUACUAAUUUGAAUUUAGGAAGGACCUAUGCCAGUGGCUAUGCUCACUUUGAGGAACAAGAGAACUAGGUGAGCUGCCUGCCCAGCCAGUGGUGGCUCUUUGUGAGAGGUAACAGGAAAUCUGUUGUGAUGAAUCAUGUGUGGGUAUUGAGAAGUACCCUCAGCUGGACCUUGUCUAAAGACGAGUCACACUGGGCCAAGUAGUAGGGGAUAGCAUUUUAAAGGCUGUCAGUGUAAGAAAAUGCGUCUCAAGUAUAAGACUUACUUCAUUGGUCCAGAAAAAUAUAUCGUGGAUUGAAGUAUAAUUGAUUUCAGUAAUUUAGUAGGAUUUUGGCAAUUAGACACAUACAUACAUAUACAUAUAUAUAUAUAUAUAACAAAAGGAUAGAAUGGUAAUAUAUUUAUUUGAAAUUACUGAUUUUAUUAAAAAACAUUGCUUAUAGAUUCAUUGUUUGAUUUUGUAAAAUGUAAUGGAUAACAUGGAUUAGUGUUUUUUUAUGUCUCCACAGAAUGAAAGUUGUAUGUUGUAUCCUAAAUUUCAUUAAAUAUCGCUGUUAAGUAGUCAUUCAUGUUUUUAACAGUUGACCCACUUCUUCACGAUGAAUGUCCUUAACAGUACCUGUUUUUAAUGCUUAUUUUCAGAUGUGAUCAGCCAGCUGUUUUUUAGAGACACAGUAAUAGAAAUAGUAUUAGUUUUCUUUUUGAAUAAAUCUAGUACUAUUUCACUAAA